AUUGGUCCAGGUCUCACACUACCAAACCCUGAACCACACCGUACUAAGCAGCGAUCUUAACGAAUCGGAUCCACACGUCUCUGUAUAAAUUACCCUCCCUACCGUUUCGCCGCAAAACCCGAAUAUCUCUCUCUCUAAAAAUCUUCCAAUGGUAUCCAAAAACCCGAAUCCGCCGGAAGGGUUCUGUUUGGACCCGAGCACCAUGGCUUUACCGGGUCUCAGCCCCUUCGCCUCCGUCUCUUCCGCCGCGGAGGACGCCGCCAAGAAGAUCCGGAAGCCCUACACUAUUACCAAGUCUAGGGAGAACUGGACAGAACCCGAGCACGACAAGUUCCUCGAAGCUCUUCAACUAUUUGACCGUGACUGGAAGAAGAUUGAAGCAUUUAUUGGAUCAAAGACUGUUAUACAGAUACGUAGUCAUGCACAGAAAUACUUUCUAAAGGUUCAGAAGAGUGGGACAAGUGAACAUCUUCCUCCACCGAGGCCGAAAAGAAAAGCUGCCCAUCCAUAUCCUCAAAAAGCUACAAAAAGUGCUCCUGUACUCUCACAAGUAUCAGGAUCUAUUCAAUCUUCAUCUGCUUUGCUUGAACCUGGAUAUAUUAAGCAUGAUUCCUUACCAAUGCUUAAAACUCCUACUAUAAACACUGCUGUGUCGUCCUGGUCAAACCACACCUUGCAAACAACCAAUUUAUUGCAUGUGCCGAAAGUGAAUAAUUCUUGCAGUAGCUCUGAAAGCACUCCUAAAGUUCGACCAGUUGGUGAAUCUAAUGGUCAAGGGAAUAAUAGCCAUCCUUUGAGAGUUCUUCCAGAUUUUUCUCAGGUAUAUGGCUUCAUUGGCAGUGUAUUUGACCCAGAUGCAACUGAGCAUGUGCAGAGACUAAAACAGAUGGACCGGAUAGAUGUUGAGACGGUGCUACUGCUGAUGAGAAACUUGUCGAUCAAUUUGACUAGUCCAGAUUUUGAGGAUCAUAGAAAGCUGCUUUCAUCAUAUGAGGCUGAAGUGGAGCCCAAUAACUAUAUCAAUGCAGAAAGACCCAUACAUGAUGAGAAGUUGAGAAGCGCUACAUAGAUGGGUUGGCAGAAUGGGAUGUUUGUUCAUCUAUUGGAAUAUUGGGUGCGGUCAGGUUUUCAUUAUUUUGCAAAAGGUGAGAUGGGUUGGAAUGACAACAAGCUGAGAGGUUUCAGUUACAUCAAACUAUGACCCUGCUGUCCUGCUCUAGUUUGUAAUAGCUUUGCUCACUAUCUUAGCUAAGGAAAGCCUUGAUUGCUUCUCUUCAUUCAUUUUUGAUGUCGUGUAUAUGUAAAUCAACCUACUAUGAAAGAAAAUAAUAAUGUUGAAAUGUAUAGUUCUUAGAUUUGUGUAGAUAUGUACAGCACCUAUGAUUUGUGUUUUAGAUAUAGCCUGACGUCAAAUAUUUUGAAGCAAGAAUAGUGCACUACCCUAGUCUGCAGACACUUUGGAA